AUGUCAGCAUCAACUUUUUCUCCCACAGAAAUUGAUUUAUUGAAAAAUGGUGGUAAUGCUAAAGCUGCAGAAAUAUGGCUCGCAAAAUACAAGUGGACAGAUUUUCCUGAGCCUGAUUCGGAGGAUGUUGAUUCUAUCAGACGUUUCAUGCGUAUGAAAUACAUUCAAAAAAUAUGGUUAGAUGAAUCCCUGUUGCCUGGACAACCUUUGAAAAUAUCCACCAACGAAAAUUUGGACGGAAAAGAAACAUUCAUGAUUAAUCCUCCAGCUCUGAACUGCAAAUCUGGCAAUCUUACUGACAAUUCUUCGAAUGAUUCACUAAAUUGGAACUCUAACAUAGCAUCCAAUGACAAAAGAAAAUCUUCAAUGGGUAAUACGAAUACUCUUAAGACUGCACUGGAAAUUAAUUGGAAUAAUAAUAAUAAUUCAAACGAAAAUAUAAUCGCUAACAUUCCGAUAUUGCCAAAACCGAAUGCAAGCAAUCUCACUAUCAAUACACCCAAUCAAACAUCCAAUAAUUUAUUUACGUCAAACUCAGGCCAGGAUCGUGAGUCUAAACCGAAAAAUGAGAUCGACGAUCUCUUCUCUUCAUUAAAUAACACAUCAACUCAAUUGAACGCAUCAACAAAAUCCAUCUCAAGAAAUAAUACAUAUCAACUAUACAGUAAUGCGACAACACUAACAAGUCAACAAAUAGUUCAUCCACUUGAACAUAGAUUGUCGAUAGACGAACAGGCUGGUUCUCAGCCGAUCAACCUUACUCAACUUCAAGGUGCAAAUAAUCAGCAUCUUGUAACAUCGAAUUUACAGCCUUCAUUCAUCCAACAAAAGAUUGUCGAUCGCAGGCGCUCUACAACAUAUCCCGUCAAACCAAACAAUUCAAGUAAUUGCUAUUUUGCACACUCGGGCACUGAUCCGUCUUCACCUACACAGUUCACCUUUAACAGUAAUAAUGAUUACCUAAACUCACAGAACACUUCAAAAAUAACAAAUCCUUUUGGUACUAUAAUGUCAACUACACAAAAGUUAAAAUCAGAUCCGUUAAUUGAUACUUACCAAGCAUUUCAAAAUUUAAGUUUGGUCGAUAUUGAAACUUCGCCUGUUUCAUCACAGCAUUCAUCGCGUAAUAACUCACAGACCACUUCAAAUUUUCAAAAUGCAAACGUCAUCGAUACCCUUGGUAAUUCUGCAUCCUCACCAACCCACAAUUUAUUGAACAGUGGAAUACAGCUUCCGGACUCAACCCCUACAAGUUCAGGGAAUCCAUUUCCAUUUGUAUUCCCUGCGGUCACAACAGUAAUUUCACAGCCACAUGGAUCUGGUCAUACUAAGAAAAUAUCGUUUGACACAGCAUUUAACGACUUGGAUCCGCUUAAAAAGCAAUAA